AUUUACCAGCAGAUUGUUCUUCAUUAUUGUCUAACUAUCAAGACUCAUCACUCCAUCCAUACUAAGCUUUCUUCUCAUGACUGUGUCAGCAUCCUUCAGCUACGAUGUGUUCCUCAGCUUCAGAGGCUCUGAUACUCGCUACGGUUUUACUGGCAAUCUCUAUAAUGCUCUAAGUGAUAGGGGAAUCCAUACCUUCAUUGAUGAAGAGGAGCUUCAAAGAGGUGAUGAAAUUAGACCGGCACUUGUUGAGGCCAUUAAACAGUCUAGGAUGGCCAUCCUUGUGUUCUCUAAGAACUAUGCAUCUUCUUCGUUUUGCUUAGAUGAACUUGUUAAAAUCAUGGAGUGUGUUAAGGCAAAGGGUCGGUUGAUUUUUCCCAUUUUUUAUGAUGUGGAUCCUUGUCAUGUGCGGCAUCAGUCUGGGAGUUAUGGAGAAGCGUUGGCUAUGCACGAGGAAAGGUUCACAAGUAGCAAGGAAAACCUCAAGGAGAACAUGGAGAGGUUGCAGAAAUGGAAGAUGGCUCUUAACCAAGCAGCUGAUGUGUCUGGCAAGCAUUACAAACUUGGAAAUGAAUAUGAACAUGAGUUUAUUGGGAAGAUAGUUAAAGAGAUCUCCAACAAGAUUAACCGUACACCUUUACAUGUUGCGGAUUACCCUGUUGGGCUGGAGUCUCGAGUACAAACAGUAAAGUCACUUCUGGAAUUUGAAUCUGAUACUGGAGUACACAUUGUAGGGAUUUAUGGAAUAGGCGGCAUGGGCAAAACAACACUUGCUCGAGCAGUUUAUAAUUCAAUUGCAGACCAAUUUAAAGGUUUAUGUUUUCUUGAUGAUGUGAGAGAAAAUGCUACUAAACACGGGUUAAUACAUCUCCAAGAGAUGCUUCUUUCUGAAAUAGUUGGAGAGAAGGAUAUUAAGAUAGGAAGUGUUAGUAAAGGAAUUUCAAUAAUAAAGCACAGGCUCCAGCGAAAGAAGAUUCUUUUAAUUCUUGAUGAUGUUGACAAACUAGAACAACUGCGGGCAACUGUUGGAGGGCCUAAUUGGUUUGGUUCUGGCAGUAGAGUCAUCGUAACUACUCGGGACAAACAUUUGCUUGCAAGUCAUGGGGUUGAUAGAAAAUAUGAGGUAGAGGAUUUAAAUGAGGAAGAAUCACUUGAAUUGCUUUGUUGGAAUGCUUUUAAAGAUGACAAAGUUGAUCCAUGUUACAAGGACAUUUCAAGCCAAGCAGUGGCUUAUGCUUCUGGCCUUCCACUAGCUUUGGAAGUUGUAGGUUCUCUAUUGUUUGGGAAAGGCAUAAAAGAAUGGGAAUCUGCGUUAGAACAGUAUAAAAAAAUUCCUAAUAAAAGGAUCCAAGAUAUACUUAAGGUAAGCUAUAAUGCUUUGGAAGAAGAUCAGCAGAAAAUUUUUCUCGACAUCGCUUGUUGCUUGAAAGGAUAUGAAUUGGCAGAGGUUGAAGAUAUACUUUGUGCUCAUUAUGGUGUUUGCAUGAAAUAUGGCAUAGGAGUGUUGGUUGACAAAUCUCUCAUAAAAAUUAAGAAUGGCCGUGUGACACUUCAUGAAUUGAUAGAGGUUAUGGGUAAAGAAAUUGAUCGACAAGAAUCACCGAAAGAGCUUGGAAAACACAGGAGGCUAUGGUUCCAUAAAGAUAUAAUUCAAGUUUUAGCAGAAAAUACAGGGACUAGUGAGAUUGAAAUAAUCUCUUUGGAUUUCCCCUUAUUUGAAGAAGACGAAGAAGCAUAUGUAGAAUGGGAUGGAGAGGCCUUCAAGAAGAUGGAAAACCUCAAAACAUUAAUUAUUAGAAAUUCUCAUUUUUCAAAAGGUCCCACACAUCUUCCAAAUAGUUUAAGAGUAUUAGAAUGGUGGACUUACCCAUUACAGGAUUUACCAACCGAUUUUCAUUCAAACAAACUUGCCAUAUGCAAAUUACCCAGAAGUUGUUUUACAUCACUUGAGUUAUCUGGCAUAUCGAAGAAGUUCAUGAAUCUCACAGUUUUAAAUUUUGACGGGACUGAAUGUUUAACCCAGAUACCUGACAUAUCCAGUCUCCAGAAUUUAGUAAAAUUGACAUUUGAAUGUUGUGAGAAUUUAGUUGCAAUUCAUGAUUCGGUCGGUUUUCUAGAUAAACUUAAAAUCUUGAGUGCUUUUGGUUGCGGCAAGCUUAUGAGUUUUCCACCCAUCAAGUUAAUCUCUCUUGAACAACUUGAUCUUUCAUCUUGUUCAAGUCUUGAGAGUUUUCCAGAAAUUUUAGGAAAGAUGGAAAAUAUAACACAGCUUGAGUUGAAGUACACUCCUUUAAAAGAAUUCCCAUUUUCAUUCAGAAAUCUUGCUCGACUUCGAGAUUUAGUGCUGGUUGACUGUGGAAAUGUUCAGCUACCGAUUAGCAUUGUCAUGUUGCCAGAACUGGCUCAGAUUUUUGCUCUGGGAUGCAAAGGGUUGCUAUUGCCAAAACAAGACAAGGAUGAAGAAGAAGUGAGCUCAAUGUCUUCAAAUGUAAACUGUCUUUGUCUCUCAGGCUGCAAUCUAUCAGAUGAAUAUUUUCCCAUGGUUUUAGCAUGGUUUAGUAAUGUGAAAGAGUUAGAGCUAUCGUGCAAUAACUUCACAUUUCUUCCUGAAUGCAUCAAAGAAUGUCACUCUUUAAUAUUACUUAAUUUGGAUAAUUGUGAGCAUCUUCAAGAAAUUAGAGGGAUUCCACCAAAUUUAGAAUAUUUCUCGGCUGGAAAUUGCAAAUCCUUGAGUUUCUGCUGUACAGCCAUGUUAUUGAAUCAGGAGCUACAUGAGACUGGAAACACCAUGUUUUGUUUGCCGGGAACAAGGAGUCCAGAGUGGUUUGAGCAACAAAGUAUAGGUCCAUCAUUAUCUUUCUGGUUUCGUAACAAGUUCCCUGUCAUGGAUCUCUGUUUUGUUAUUGGACCAAUGGGUAAGGACUCUAUUUUGUUUAGACCCAUCAUGACCAUCAAUGGCAACACAAUGGAGACACAGUUAACUGAAAAGAGGUGUUGUUUAGACUUCCGAGCAUUAGAUUAUCAUAUACUUAUCAUUGGUACAAAAUACAUGAAGUUCGGAGAGUGUCUAGAUAAACCUCUCACAAAAAAUGAAUGGAAUCAUGUGGUGGUUUCCAUUGGUAUUGAACCAACCCCUAAGGAUGUGAUUGUCAAGCAAACUGGACUCCAUGUAAUCAAACCAGAAAGUAGCAUGGAUGAUGUCCAAUUCACCAAUCCUUAUAAGCAACCAUCCUUUAAAGAGAAGCAAAGAUUGGUGGACAUAGUUGAUUGUCAUAGACAAUUUAUGCAGCAGCAAACCACUUUGGUUUCAUUAAAACCACAUGUGAGACAGGGCGGAGAGUCAUUUUCAUUGCUUCCACCUCAAGCAUGCAAAAAUAAUAUGAAUUGGGAUUCAAAUUCAACUGGAAUAACUAGCACUUCCAGUGUCCAGGGUUAUGAAAUUGCAUUACAAAAUUUACGGUUGGACAUGGGAGUUUUACAAUUUGUGCAGCAGCGAAAAAGAUUGGCUAUAUUAGGUUUAUCGCAACAACGCCGAAUGGCUUCAUUGGAUUUACAGCAGCGGCGGGGCAGAGAAAUGGUUUCCUUGCUUUCUUCUCCAUCAUUGGAGUUGAUGGUAUCAUGGCAGAGGAGAUGCAUCACCAGUGUCCAAGGUUUGCAAGAGCAACAUUUACCUUCCACCAUCAAACAAAACUUUGAAGGCUGUAAUGGCAUAUAUGAAGCCAAAGUGAGUGAAAUGGUAGAAUGUAACAGCAAUGAUGGAAACGACAAUGACAGAACCUCCUCACCGGUGGAGCAAUUACCAAUGGCAAAGGAGGAUCGUGUUCCUAGCAAGAAAUACCAACAUGUCUCGAAUAUGGCUUGGGAUCCAAUGGAAUUAGAAUAUCUUGUGCAUAUCCAGAAGAUCAAUUUGUCUCAAACGACACAAACUCUGUAAUGUAAGUGAUAAGGGUUCCCAUGUGAUGGGAUCUGAAUCUAAUCAGAGAAGUACCAAUUAGCGAUUCUGCUUGUGUGCUAUAAUCCUCUUAGUUACGAUAAUCUGUUUCUUCCUUAUUAUUGGAACUGAUUUAUUGUUAUGUUGAAAGUAAGGCCUAUUCCUGUUCUUCUGCAAGUUAUAGCUUGGUAAUUGUUGCGUUUUAUCAAAGCUCGGAAAGAUGAAUGCAAAAUUAAUGGCUAUGA